UAGCUGUACAGCAGCGAUGGACAAAUCAACUUCUUUUUUGUGUUGGACAGCGAUUUUUAUCAUUCUGCAUGGUGAAAUAAGAAGCCAACCUAUUUAUGAAAACUACAAGGAAGACUGCUUGAUGACCAACAGAACGGAUUCUUAUUACAAGGAAAUAUAUGAACAAGAGAUUUCCCUUGAAAACCAAGUAAACAGUUGGAAAAAGAAGCUAGACUUGGAUAUAGAUACAUUGCCAUUAGACUGCAAUGAACACUAUAUGAACGGCAAAAGAAAAUCCGGUGUUUACACUAUCUACCCGUGGGAGAAGACUGACCCUAAUUACCGUCCUAUCCAGGUCUACUGUGAUAUGGAGACAGAAGGAGGCGGAUGGACGGCAAUACAAAGAAGAGUCAAUGGCGAAGAAACCUUCAAUCGAAAUUGGACGGAGUACAAACUUGGAUUUGGAACACCCUAUGGUGACUAUUGGAUCGGAAACGAAGCCAUACAUCAGUUAACAUUUGGACGAAAUUCGUCUUUGCGUGUAACAAUAACGCCAAUGGACGGUGGUGUUGUUUCUUUUAAGAUGUAUCAUCAGUUCUACGUUUUUGGCGAGGACCAGAACUAUAAACUUCAACUUGCAAGCCCUGGAAAUGGAAGUUUAGGAGAUAGUCUGGUAGAGAAUCUUGCCUAUUACAGGGCUACAGGAAUGCAAUUUACUACAUUCGAUGUCGACAAUGACAAUUUUCCUAUUAACUGUGCAGCAACCUUUUCAGGAGGCUGGUGGUUUAAUGGGUGUCAUGGUGCCUAUCUCACUGGUCCUUGGCAAUCGCGUGCCUGGGUAAAUCCUUGGUUCAUGGAAUAUACAAGCGGGAGGCAAGUGAAUGGAACAUCCAUGUUGAUCAAAUCACAUUAA